AUGAUGAAACAAAAUGUUUCAUUUCAACAAAGGGACGUAUAUAUAUGGAUUCAAUUCGAAUUAGCAAAAGCAAUGUCUCCUUGCAUAAUAUGGAUUCCAAACAUUCAUGAUCUGGAAGUGAAUGAGUCGAAUUACUUAUCCAUCGGUCUAUUAGUGAAUCUCUCCAGAGAUUGUGAAAGAUGUUCCACUAGAAAUAUUCUUGUUAUUGCUUCGACUCAUAUUCCCCCAAAAGUGGAUCCCGCUUUAAUAGCUCUGAAUAAAUUAAAUACGUGCAUUAAGAUACGAAGGCUUCUUAAACAACGAAAGCACUUUUUGACUCUUUCAUAUACUAGGGGAUUUCACUUGGAAAAUAAAAUGUUCCAUACUAAUGGAUUCGGGUCCAUAACCAUGGGUUCCAAUGCACGAGAUCUUGUAGCACUUACCAAUGAGGCCCUAUCAAUUAGUAUUACACAGAAGAAAUCCAUUCUAGACACUAAUACAAUUAGAUCCGCUCUUCAUAGACAAACUUGGGAUUUGCGAUCCCAGGUAAGAUCGGUUCAGGAUCAUGGGAUCCUUUUCUAUCAGAUAAGAAAGGUUGUUGCACAAAAUGUACUUCUAAGCAAUUUUGACUACAAAGAUAAGUAG